AUGUCGGCGCUUCUGAUAUCCCAGGACAAUCCAUUCCAGACUUUGAUUACUGAGACGAAUAAUGAUGCGGCUCAGUUGCAGUCCCGCUACGAGAAUCACCGAGUAAAUCGAAAUGCACAGCAAGCUGCGAAGAUACUGGCACCAGACUUCGCAGGGUGGAACCUUGACGAGAUUUUAAUGCGCCUUGACGGCCCCGCAAAGGAAGCGGGAUUUAUUGAUCCUCGUAACUGCCUGGUCAUCUGGGCCCGGCCGUCUUCACCAAUUCGUGAUCUUAUAAAGUACGUGCAAAGCGAACUCAGAAGCGUUGCUCCGACCCUCUGGCUCAUGCCCUCCGCGAAUCUACAUACAACAGUACUGGAAAUAGCCCAUUCUUUGACCGAAGAGCAGAUCGAGAGUCUCGUAAAUACUCUGCAGUCAUCGCAGGGCGUAACCACGUCGGAAAUUGCCGACUAUGCGUUCGCACAUCGAACGCGCCUUGUAAAGCCCAUGGUGGGCUUUGACUCUGCAGCCAUGGCACUGACCUUUGUCCCCGCUGCUGGAGAAGCUUCAGAUGCGCAACGCACUAUUGAAGACGAGACCUACAGUUAUCAUCAUCUUCGUCGCGAUAUCUUCGACAUGGUUCGAGCGGCUGGUAUCCCGGUUGCAUCCCGGUACAUUGUUCCUUCAGCCCAUCUCACCAUUGCAAGGUUCGUCACUCAGGACGGCUUCACCAAAGAAGGAGCUGCAGUGGGAGAGGGACAUGUUGACCCUUCGAAGGUCAAAGAACUGAUUGAUAAGAUUGACGAAAUUAACCAGAAGCUGCAGGAAGAAUAUUGGCUUAGUGAGAAUGGAACAAUCAAGGCUGGCGGAGAGUGGCUGGUUGGCCAGGGAAAAGGCUUGGUUAUUCGUAGAGGUCGGCUGUGGUAUGGUGGUGGCGAUGAUGUAAACCUUGGAAAGGGCUAUUGA